GAGACACGCGCCCCGCGCGCGCCCGCGUUGUGCCGUCGUACAUACGGUCACGCAUAACCUGCUUUUUAAAAACAACAUCACAUAAACGCAGGUUUCCGUCUCUUGUGGUCAACGGGUUGACACGAGACAGCCUAUCGUGUUUCUCAACAGUGUUUACCCAGUGUUUUGGUGUAUAUAACGAACUACGAUAUAGUUAAUUGCGCGAAUGCCACGCUCUACAGCCUACGCAGCCGGCGGCGUUCCCCACCUCUGUUCAUUCAAGGACCAAUCGUUGAACUCAUGCCGUCUCAGUUUUCGCAGCUACGCGAUCUGCAGAUUUAGAAAUGAGCCCCGUAAACACAAAGGCUUGCUUUGACUGUGCUUAAAGCCGAAAACGAAACGGUUUUAACUACAAUGUCAAUCAAUCAGAACACAGGCCAAUUUAAUAAACAGAAGCAACAACUAGGUAAACAAGGUCCAGAACCGGUCAACUUUCCACCGCGUUAUCAUCCGCCUCCGCUAGCCGCGAGCGGCCCAAAACUAGCCACUAUCGACGCGUCCGUCAAAGAGUACAAACCACCUUACGCUGGGAAACCUAUCGACCCCAGCAAGCUGCAGUACCCCCUGCUGGCGCAUGGUGCUGUACCGGGUUCUUACAGUGGAGGACCGAUACAGUUGAUGAAGUAUCCUCAAGGCUACCCUCCAGGAUAUCCUCAACCUUCUGGAGCACUUCGUAUGCAACAACGACCCUCUGCUGAAAUAGUGACGAAAGCGGUUAUUCACGAACCAGUAGAGCCUACCACCCGAGCGAGAAGUGCAGACGACAUACAGCGAGCGCAGCGGAAUAUUGAAGAGGAGCAAAUACAUAGACGAUCCGCGGAUAUGCUCAAGUUUACUAAACGCGUUGAACCCGAGGGACCUCGAGCAUCGACUGAUCAGAAACGACAGAUUCAAGCGCUUUUAGCACAAAUAAAAGCGUUAAAGGAAGCUAACCGUCGUUUAAGCGAGGACAAUCAGGAACUUCGGGAUUUAUGUUGCUUUUUAGAUGACGAUCGACAGAAAGGUAGAAAGCUUGCUCGUGAAUGGCAAAGAUUCGGACGAUACACAGCAUCUGUUAUGCGGCAAGAAGUGUCAGCAUAUCAAAGUAAAUUGCGACAGCUCGAUGACAAGCAACAAGAAUUGAUCCGGGAUAACUUAGAGUUAAAAGAGUUGUGUUUAUAUCUUGACGAAGAGCGUGAAAGGAGUACGUGUGUUAACUGCGGGCGAGCGGCAGGUCGAGAGAGGGAUGACGGCGACGGCAGCAGCAGUGGGACCAAUGCUGAGGAAGGCUCACGCAGCGCGCCGCCGAUACCGAUCACACAUCCGCAACUUGCUGAACGAACUGUACAAUACGUAAAAGACUUGGAGCAAAAAGUGAGGCGACUAGAGGCCGAAAAAGGCCUCGGAACUGUUGGAAACGAGCGUCCUGAAGCCGUAGUACGUGCCUUGCAAGUUUUGGAAGUGAGAGAGCGUGUAGAACGUGAACGAAGAAGACCAGCACCCGACCUGGAUUCGGGAGAGCAAGCACUAGUGCGAGAAAUGUGCAACGUAGUGUGGGGCAAGCUCGAAGACGCGCCACCGCAGGCACCGCCGCGCUAAUAAUAAACAUAAACAAUAAACAAACAGUUUCUAGUUUAGUGCAAAAGUGGGUUCCCUCGGAAUAAGGUGAACGAGUGAGUAAAAAGUUGUUCAAAAUCAAUGCAGAUGGAAUCCGACUCGAACGAGGUCAUCGGAGCCGCUGCGUCUCGUGACCUAAAGAACAGAACUGUGCCGACCUUAUAAGUAUAAAGCAAAUGAAUUUAGUUAGCGCUAAGGCCCUUAGAGACGUUUAUUUAAGAGAUGCAUUACUUGCCACAACAAAAACGGUGUAGCAAGAAACCGAAAAGUACAAAAUUUACCUUACGAAAUGUAACUUUAGUACAUUAGACUUAGGAGUAAUUUUCGUAUCUUUAUAAAAAAACUUCGAACGUAUUAAGAUGUUUCUCUUGCUUCAAUUCUUGUCUUGUUAGAAAUCAUAGUUUUAUAAAAUUAUUUAUGUAAAAUGUUUCAGAUAUUGGUUAAUUAUGAUGAGGCUAUAAUAAUAUCGAUGUAAUAAAUAAGUCUGUGAUCUUUUGUGGGCUGGUAAAAUGUUUGGGCACAGUCACAGUGCUUAGUUCAUAGACAUACUGGAAUCUAUUUUUGGAUGUUUCUUUACAAGGAUAUUUUCUAAUGACCUUAUUGAACAGGAACUUCAGACAGUGAUAUAAAAUUCUGUUAUUAUCAUAUUAAAACUAUAACUUGUGUAUGUUUUUUUGUAUAACUAAUUAUUGCCUUGCAUCUAGUCAGCGUUUGAUUCACACGGUUUUUCAUGUUGUAGUUAUUUAAGAUAUUCCAGCUCACUUAACUCGUUCCAUUUGCAUAGCUUGCUUCAGUUUUGAGUUUAAUGUGUUAUUAAUUUAUUCAAACAUGGGUGUGUGAGAAAUAAAGAUAUUUCUGUUUA